AUGCCAGCCGAAAGGCACGAAAGCGAUGUGUCCAAUUUGGUUACCUGGGAUAAUGAUCAAGAUCCGGCAAACCCCCAAAAUUGGAGCAAUGCGAAGAAAACCCUUGUUAUCAUCAUGAUUUCUCUUCUCGCGAGUAUUUCUCCGCUAGCAUCCACCAUGACAGCGCCAGCACUAGCCGACAUCGGAUACGACCUCAAGAUCGAAUCUCUCUCUGAGAGACAGUUUACGUUAUCUAUCUUUGCUCUGGGCUAUGCCGUAGGCCCACUUUUUCUCUCGCCGUUUUCAGAACGCUAUGGGCGAGUCUGGGUGGCCCAGCUCAGUAACUUGUGGUUCUUGAUCUUCAAUACGGUGUGCGGAUUCUCCAAAUCAAGCUCCCAGCUACUCGUCUUUCGCUUCCUAGCUGGGCUAGGGAGCUCUACUACAGCAAGUAUUGGAGCCGGGGUUCUCGCCGAUUGUUACCAGUCAGACAAUCUAGGAACAGCUGCCGCCAUAUAUUCCGCGCUGCCUAUAUUAGGCCCGGUAAUUGGGCCAAUAAUCGGUGGCUUUCUGACACAACAUACAACAUGGCGAUGGAUCUUUUAUGCAGUCUCUAUCUGGGAUGCGGUGGUACAACUAGUUACCUGUUUCCUUCUGCGGGAAUCUUACGCACCGUUAAUUUUACAACGAAAACUACAAAGGCUUCAGCGAGCGGGAGACACGCGGGAGCUUUAUGUUACUCACCAAUUCAAUCAUUCCGUGCGCGAUACGCUGCAGCGAUCUGUUGUGCGACCCUUGCGUCUUCUUGGGACCCAACUGCUUAUUCAGACCCUGGCACUGUAUUUAGGAUUCUUGAAUGGAGUGUCCUAUAUAGUUGAGACUACUUUCCCAACACUAUGGACGACUAAAUAUCGGCAAUCUGAAUCCUUGGGAAGUCUGAACUACAUUGCUCUGGGUAUCGGCGCUGUUGCUGGGGCACAGAUUUGCUCUUACGCCAAUGACAAAAUCUACCAAAGACUGUCUGCGCGGAAUGGGGGUGUGGGCUCUCCGGAUUUCAGACUGCCUACCAUGUUAUUGGGAGCGAUAUUAGUUCCAAUUGGCAUGUUCUGGUAUGGAUGGUCAGCUGAACAGACGCUUCCCUGGAUUAUGCCGGAUCUCGGUUGCGCGGUCUUCUACGCAGGGUUCCUCAUGGGCAUUAUCAAUGUUCACAUGUACGUGAUAGACUUUUACGGGGAAAAUUCGGCAUCCGCUAUGGCUGCUGUGUCUUUAAUACAAUCCUUGUUCGGUGGUGUGUUCCCACUCUUCGGAGGAAAUCUUUAUGAUGUGCUGGGAUACGGCUGGGGUAAUAGUUUGAUUGGUUUUGUUAGUCUAGGGCUGGGUAUUCCUUUUCUUGCUUCACUUUGGAGAUUCGGAGGUCAUAUUAGAGAUCGGAGCACUUAUGCCAAAAGGGGUCAGAUGGAUUGA